AUGCAAAUUCCUCGUUGCAUUCUAACUGACUCCCUCAAGGAAGUUGAACUGCAUGAUUUUGCUGACGCAUCGAAAGAUGCUUAUGGCGCAGUGAUCUAUCUUCGAAGUGUUACUAUACUGAAUCAUGUGAAAGUUUCACUACUAUGGAGCAAAUCUAAAGUUGCUCCAUUUAAAGUGGUGACAAUACUCCGACUUGAGCUAUGCGCUGCUGAGCCUGUUGCUAAGCUCGCUUCUAAAACUGUGUCAUCUCUUAUCAUAUAUAAAAUUUGCAUCUACUCAAAUCCGACUAUAGUGCUUGUCUGGAUUAAUACUUCAUCGUAUCUGCAUAAGGUGUUUCUGUCAAAUAGAAUUUCCCGCAUCCAAGAGCGGACGAAAGAAUUUUUCUAA